UUUAGUGUUGAUAAGAUGAACCUAGCUGCUCCAAAGUCCAACCAGCAGAGUGACAAAAAAGAAAUGAUGAGACCAGUCUCAUAUCUUUUCCUCUCUGUCUUCAUCUACAUAAUAUUUCCACCUACAUAUGCUAGAUCUCUUUCUUCUCCAAAUCCUCAUAUUCUCAAAUCCUUCAACCCCAAAAUCAAAAUUGAAUCUGCAAAAAGCUGUUCUUAUACAGUUGUAAUAAAGACCAGCUGCUCCUCUCCAUCUUACACCAGAGACCAAAUCAGUCUUGCAUUUGGCGAUUCCUAUGGCAACGAGGUGUACUUGAAAAGGCUUGAUGAUCCAUCAUCAGGAACAUUUGAGAGAUGUUCUUCAGAAACUUUCAAGAUAAAUGGUCCGUGCAUGUAUGAUAUUUGUUAUCUUUACUUGCGUAGGAAAGGAUCGGACGGCUGGAAACCUGAGACUGUGAAGAUCAGCGGUUCACAUAUUAAGACUGUUAAUUUCUAUUAUGAUUUAGCCCUUCCAAAUGGAGUUUGGUAUGGGUUUAAUCAGUGUCGUCGUCGUCGUGCUUCUCUCCCUGCAAUCAUGUAGAUGACGACAAUAUAUUAAUUUUUGUUUAUGUCGUCUGCUUUUGGUUAAUAUAAUAAAAAUAAUCGAUUUUUUGUUUUUAUUUAUUUAUUUUAUAUUGACUUGUCAA